AUGGGCCUCCCUCCUACGAAGCCCAAAUCAGUGCCGGCGCCGGUCCCGGACAAGCACAACCUCAGAGCCUCGACAACUCUCCCUCCCACCCCCCCUCGGCACCACGCAUGGCUACGGCUAUCGCUGCAAAUCGCCGCCUACCUGGCCUGUUCGACUGCGGCCUACUACGGCAUGUGGAUUCGACCGGCCCGCUACUACGGGCUAGGCGGGCAUUUCGCCAGCACGUUGACCAGCGGCAAAUUCCCCGACCAUCCUGACGCCUUUUCCCUCAAGAGACGGUACAUUGGUGUGGCAUUUGUCGACGAUACCUUGACCUUCCUCGACGUGGCGUUCAUGCCGGGUAUUGCGCGAUGGCACAGCGCGUUUGGCUUCUUGCAGCUGUACUUCCUGGGAGGACUGUUGCAGCCUAUUGCCAUUUGGGCCGUCGAAUCGGUGAGGAGACGCAAUGAGAUGGCCUUGAUUAGUUUCAUCGGCGUCUGGUCGUACAUCUAUCAAACCAACGGCAUCGCCGUCAUCAUGCCCCUAUAUUUCAUCGCCUACACCUACCUCUCCAACGGCGAAUCCUACUGGGGGCCGCCGCCUUCCCUUUCCAGCGAGGUGCCCCUGAAAUACGCCAAAGUCCUACUCCCCGCCAUCCUCCUGGGCUACGCGCUCCCCACGCUCCUGAUGUUCUGGCCGUUCUGGACCGAUCCCGAUACCGUGCAGAACCUGACGGCAUUUUGGCAGCCGAGCCCCUGCUACGUUCAGGUACUGUUGGUGGUGUUGGGGGGUGGGUAUGACUUGAAGAAUAUCUAUCAGCAACACCAACAAAAAUCUUCCCCUUCCACCGGCGCAAACUCGACCUCCCUCAACAGAGCGAAAGACAACCCAGGAGAGAAAGACUCGGCAUACCCGUACCUCAAGGCCGUCUAUAGCUGCACGUUCGUCGUCGGACUCGUGCUUCACGUCUCCUGCAUCGCCUACUUGACUCUCGUCUCGCCCGAUCCCGAAUUGACGCUGAAAUCCGUCUUCUGGCCCGACUGGUCGGCGACCCCGAAGCCACACGGGGAAGGGCUGAGGAAUAUGUGGCUGGUGGACUUUUACGUCUUCGAUGUCGCCUGUGUCAUCUGGUGCUGCUUUGCUGUCUGGGAUUUGAAGAGCGUGGGCCGAUUGACGCCUGGAGAAGAGAGCUUCGGCGUCGCCAGAGCGUCGCUGCUCAUCCUGUUGGCGCAGUUGGUGGUCGGUCCUGGCGCGGCCAUGAGCGCCGUGUGGUACUGGAGGGAGAUCGCUCUUUCGAGGACUUUGGUUCGGAGAAAGUAA